GACGUCAGCGUGACGCCUCACUCCAUGUUUUGCUGCCACACAUCUCGAGACGUCGUACCGGAAUGAGAGCUAGAAUGCAGCGACGGUAGACCAAGCAGUUUAGCGUCAUUUACGGUAGAUUUUAUCGAACGUGACGGGAUCCGCAGAGUGCUCAACGCAGUUUAGCUGCGGGAAAGGACAGACGGGAAACAAAAGCUGAUUUCUGCUGAUUUAUCAGGCCUGCUUCAGCCGGAUCCAGAGUCCAGAAUGGCAUCCCUCUCAGAGCAGUUGCAGGAAGUGCGGGAUCAGGCUGAAGUGUGUCUGUACUCUGGGGGCAGAGUGGUGGAUGUGCGUGCUGGGGUAAUGGCGAUGGCUAACCUGCCGUUACCGCCCUGCUCCAAAUAUCGUCACAUUGCAGCUGAGACCAUGGUCAUAGAGAACAGCUCUGGGAGCAACAGGAAGGAGACUCUAGCUUCUCUCCAGAGUUUUUCUACAGCACUGAAUAUCCUGGAAAAGUAUGGCUGUAAUCUGACCAAUCUCAACAGGCCAAAGUACUGGAGAACAGUGAAACACAACAAUCCUGUGUUUAAGGCAACUGUGGACUCCAUUCAGGGUGGACGAGCAGUGCUCUGCCUGUAUGGUUACUCCAAUCAGCAGCCAGAUGGCCUGAGCUUUCCUGAUGACGUGGGAGAUCCUGAUGUGGGGAGGGUUGCGUCAGUGACACUUGAAGUAAUGAGUCUACGGAUGGAAAUAGAAAUGCUUAUCAAGGACACUCAUCCUCAUCCAGAGUUCUAUGAGAGAAUCGUUCCUACUCUACGGCACAAGGAUGUGGGUCUGAACACGGACAUAGCCUGUGAUUCCUUUCCUGCCUCGUGCCAUCCAGACAGUCAGACCAGGUCACUGGCCUUCCCUCUGCACCACGGCUCCAGCAGGGACAGCAACCAUGGACUUUCACUCUCUACAAUCAAAACGGUCAAAUUCACUAAGAAAUGUUUCACCUCAUCAAACAAGCACUCAGAGAACUGCUCUGUUUGUGGAAUCUUCCGGAUCUCUGUCCACUGUCUGACCUGUCUCCAGGGACUGUGCUCUGAAUGUGACAGGCUGCAUCAUUCCUGUCCUGAGAGAGCCAACCACCAUCGAACAGCUGUCUCACCAGCAGCAGCAGCAGCUUCGUCUAAAAGUAGGAACCGACACAGCUCUUCCACCUGGUGUUGCCUUCACUGCAGCAAAGUGAACGUGGUCCGUGCCGUGCUGUGUGAGCAGUGUGACCACCCCCGCUUGGGCAGCUCAAAAGUUGCUCCAGAAGUUCAGCCUGACCCCCCUUCUGAAUGGCACUGUAAGAGCUGCACCAUGAUGAACGCAGCCAGUAGUAUUUUAUGUAAGGUGUGUGAACGACCUCGUCUGGCCACACGCCCCCUGGUGACCUCAUCGCACCCACCCACUACACCUCCCAGACCACCAGCACCUGUUCUGGGCAUGCCCGGUGACCCUGACAGCCAGUGGGUGUGCCAGUUCUGCACCUAUUUAAACUACUCUCCUGCUACUAUGUGUGAGAUGUGUGACCUUGCCCGUCCAGAGCCGGCACCCCUACCUGCAAAGCUCCACCCUCCCUCACCAGUCAGACGAGUCCCUGCUCUUCCAAUCAAACCAAAAGAGCUGGUCCAUAAGAACCUGGACUCUCAGAGGCAGAGGCUGAUGAAAGAGGAAGGGCUGAAGCUGAUUCAGCUAAUUAGGGUUGGUGAGAAGAAAGGAAUAAGCCCAGAGGAGGUGUUCACGAGCAUGAAAGUAGCAGGAGGGAAGGGUGUGCCGUCCUGCAGCUGGUUAAAGACCGAUCUUCCUUUGCUGUUGGACCAAAUCAGGAUGCUUGUGGCAGCCUCUUUCCUCCAGUGUGUUUCUGACCCAACUCAACCUUCUAGUACGCCCAAUGAAGUUCCACCUGCUGACGUGGGGACAAGGCCAGGUUCUGCGGGGAUUAAACGUGUGGUUCAGCUGUCCAGAACAGAGGCCAAGCAGGCCUGGCUGUCAGCAGGGGGCGACACUGGGAGGGCGGCCACACAGGCACUGAGGGACAGGCUUACCAAGGUGAAGGAGCUUCAUGUGCUGGGCUUCUCUGAUACAGCUCACUGUCAUGAACUUCUGAGGCAGAGUGGGGGGGAGGUCCGGGGGGCCCUGGCCCUGCUGCAGAGACCUCUCCUCGAGCCUUUUCAUAAACGAAUCUGGAGUGACAAGCCUGAGCCUCCCAUCGAUAUCCACCACCCCGACAAACAACAGAUUUGUCGUAGGCUGCUAGCGAUGUAUGACCUUCCCAGUUGGGGUCGCUGUGAGCUGGCGUUGUCCUUGCUGGUGGAGCACAGUGCACCGUACUCCCUGGAAGACGUGGUGCAGGCCGUAAAAGAGUCCCAUGACAGGGAGUUCAUCAAGAGAGUGUUGGCUAAAGAAUGUCCCAUCUGUCUCUGCGUUUUCCCCCACAGCAAGAUGCAGUCUUUGACAUCGUGCCAGUGUUCUGUUUGCUGUGGCUGUUUCCAGCAGCACUUCACUAUCGCUGUAAGAGACAAACACAUCAGAGACAUGGUGUGUCCCGUCUGCUGGGAGCCUGACAUCAAUGACCCGGAACAUCUGAACAGCUACUUCUCCACCCUGGACAUCCAGCUGAGAGAAUGUCUGGAUCCAGAAGUCUAUGAGCUGUUCCACAAGAAGCUGACUGAGCAGGCUCUGAUCAAGGACCCAAAGUUCCUCUGGUGCUGCCACUGUUCCUAUGGGUUCAUCUAUGACGGGGACCAGCUGAAGGUCACGUGUUUUCAGUGCCAGAACAGUUUCUGUGCUCAGUGCAAAAAGCCUUGGGAGCCACAGCAUGCAGGUCUGUCCUGUGAGCAGUACCAGUCCUGGAAGAGAGAGAAUGAUCCAGAAUACCAAAAACAGGGCCUAGCUGGAUACCUCAGAGACAAUGGCAUAACCUGUCCUAACUGUCGUUUCCAGUAUGCUCUAUCGAAAGGAGGCUGUAUGCAUUUCUGCUGCUCCCAGUGUCGAUACCAGUUCUGCAGUGGCUGUAACAACCCAUUUCACACGACUUGCACAGUGGAUGAGUGCAGCGUGUCUGGUCUUCAUGCUCACCAUCCCAGAGACUGCUUGUUCUAUCUGAGGGACUGGGAACCUGCCAGACUGCAGGUCUUACUGCAGAUUAACGGAGUCAAUUUUAACACUGAACCACCUCCUGGAACACAGACAGGACUGUGUGGAGUGAUAGAGCAGAAAGACGACGGGGGGGAGCAAUCCGAUUCAGCCUGUGGAGCUCAGACCCAACCUGGACAUGCAGCGCUCUGCGAGAAACAUUACUGCGAAUACCUGGUGAGCCUGAUCAACAGCCACUCCAUCGACCCCGCCCCCCUCUACAGCUCCAACGAGUUACUCCUGGCUUGCAGGAGGUACAAGGUUAAUGACACCCACAUGGAUGGAGAGGACACCUGCUCCUACUACAGCCGACUGCUAAAGAAACUCAUGGCGGAAGUAUCACUUGGUGACAAGGUGCCACGCAAAAAAUAAAGAAUUUACUAUUUCCCUUCACGUGUGGACAGGAUGGGAUGGUCUUCCAGCUUUAAACUGGACUCUCUUUCAGACUUUUACAUUACGGGGAUGACGGUGGAUUGUUGGUGUCACGUCUGAAAAGACAAACCCUAUCUAUAACACUUCUUUAUGUCUAUUGGAAUACAGUUGUGGUCAGAAGUUUACAUACACUUGUAAAAAAUAUAAUAUAAUGGCUCUACUGAGUGUCCCGUUAUUUCUAAAGCUCUGAUUUUUCUCUGAUAGAGUGAUUGGAACAGAUACUUCUUUGUCACAAAAAACAUUCAUGAAGUUCGGUUCUUUAAUGUCUUUAUUAUGGGUUAACAGAGAAAAGUGAUCACAUUUGCUGGGUCACAAAUAUACAUACAGCGGUGCUAAUAUUUGGUUACAUGUCCCUUAGCCAUUUUCACUUCAAUUAGGCGCUUUUGGUAGCCAUCCACAAGCUUCUGGCAAGCUUCUGGUUGAAUCUUUGACCACUCCUCUUGACAGAAUUGGUGAAGUUCAGUUAAAUUUGAUGGCUUUCUGACAUGGACUUGUUUCUUCAGCACUGUCCACAUGUUUUCAAUGGGGUUUAAGUCAGGACUUUGGGAAGGCCAUUCUAAAACCCUUAUUCUAGCCUGAUUUAGCCAUUCCUUUACCACUUUUGAUGUGUGUUUGGGGUCAUUGUCCUGUUGGAACACCCAACUGCGCCCAAGACCCAACCUUCGUGCUGAUGAUUUUAGGUUAUGUUGAAGAAUGUGAAGGUAAUCCUCCUUCUUCAUUAUCCCAUUUACUCUCUGUAAAGCACCAGUUCCAUUGGCAGCAAAACAGCCCCACAGCAUAAUAUUCCCACCACCAUGCUUGACUGUAGGCAUGGUGUUCUUGGUGUUAAAGGCCUCACCUUUUCUCCUCCAAACAUAUUGCUGGGCAUUGUGGCCAAAAAGCUCAAUUUUUGUUUCGUCUGACCACAGAACUUUCCUCCAGAAGGUCUUAUCUUUGUCCAUGUGAUCAGCAGCAAACUUCAGUCGAGCCUUAAGGUGCCGCUUUUGGAGCAAGGGCUUCCUUCUUGCACGGCAGCCUCUCAGUCCAUGGAGAUGCAAAACACGUUUGACUGUGGACAAUGACACCUGUGUUCCAGCAGCUUCUAAUUCUUGGCAGAUCUGCUUUUUGGUGAUUCUUGGUUCACUCUUUACCCUCCUGACCAAUUUUCUCUCAGCAGCAGGUGAUAGCUUGCGUUUUCUUCCUGAUCUUGGCAGUGAUGAAACAGUGCCAUGCACCUUAUACUUACAAACAAUUGUUUGCACUGUUGCUCUUGGGACCUGCAGCUGCUUUGAAAUGGCCCCAAGUGACUUUCCUGACUUGUUCAAGUCAAUAAUUUGCUUUUUCAGAUCCAUGCUGAGCUCCUUUGACUUUCCCAUUGUAGCGUUUGUGGGCGUUUGUAUCCAAUAAGCCCUACUUACCUGACCUAAGAGAAGUCACCAGCUGUAGUCACUCAUAAUCACUCACAAGAAGUUAAGAGGCCAUGCUAUGAAGCUCAGUUCACUGACACGUUUCUAAGUCACCAAAAUCGCUAGUUCAUGUUGCUGUAUGUAUAUUUGUGACCCAGCAAAUGUGAUCACUUUUCUCUGUUAACCCAUAAUAAAGACAUUAAAGAACCAAACUUCAUGAAUGUUUUUUGUGACAAAGAAGUAUCUGUUCCAAUCACUCUAUCAGAGAAAAAUCAGAGUUUUAGAAAUAACGGGACACUCAGUAGAGCCAUUAUAUUAUAUUUUUUACAAGUGUAUGUAAACUUCUGACCACAACUGUAAGUUAGACUUUGUGCCGAUGUAGCUAAAAAAAAGACUUGCAGGAUUCAAUUGCAUAUCUGUCCGCCCAGAUCAACAUGAGGGCGCUUAAGCCUCGGAGCCUGGGACGGGGCACGGAUCUGGAUCGUAAAGAUCCCAGCCGUUUCUUGAUCUCAGGAAUGUAUUGGGACAUCAACUCCAAGGAGCAGAUUGGAUAAUUGGUUAUAACUUUUGUGAUGACGGUGGAUAAAAAGAGGGUACUUGGAGAGGAGAGAGUAGAAUCCUCAUUUGGCUCUAAUCUCCCAGUUCUGAUGCACUGGAUCUGUAUCCAUGAGUUUAAUAAAAUCUUCUGAUGUCAAAGAAAA